AUGGGAGCUGCAAUCUCGACUGUUUGCUAUAAUCUUAAACUCAGGCAUCCAACUAUUGACAUGCCAAUUAUCGACUAUGACUUGGCUGUUCUCAUCCAACCUAUGCUUAUGCUAGGCAUUAGCAUCGGAGUUGCUUUCAAUGUGAUAUUUGCCGAUUGGAUGAUCACAGUUCUUUUAAUCAUUCUCUUUAUAGCCACAUCAACUAGGGCCUUUUUCAGUGGAGUUGAAGCAUGGAAAAAUGAAACUACGGUGAAAAAGGAGGCUGCAAACCAAUUGGAGGCAAAUGGCAACGGUACAGAAGAAGCAGAUAAUGAGCUUCAUCAUGGAAGCCAUAGCAAUGACACGGAAAAUGUGGCCAGAGGCUUGGCAAUACCCGAGGUUGGCGUCCUCGAAAAUGUUCGUUGGAAGGAACUCGGUCUUCUUGUCUUCGUUUGGAUGGCAUUUGUUGCAGUGCAGAUCAUCAAGAACUAUACAGCUACGUGUUCAGCAAUAUACUGGGUAGUGAGCUUGCUGCAGAUCCCCGUCUCUCUUGGUGUAUCUGGUUUCGAAUCAAUUUGCCUGUACAAGGGAUGGAGAAAAAUAGCAUCCAAAGGAGAUGGAGGCUCCAACUUGAAAGUGCACAAACUGAUAAUCUAUUGCUUGUUAGGUGUACUGGCUGGUAUCGUAGGUGGUUUACUAGGUAUAGGAGGAGGAGCUAUCAUGGGUCCUCUAUUUUUGGAGUUGGGCGUUCCACCUCAGGUUGCAAGUGCGACGUCCACCUUUGCCAUGAUAUUUUCCUCAUCAAUGUCUGUGGUUGAAUAUUACCUUCUAAAACGGUUUCCAGUUCCAUAUGCUCUUUUGCUGGUUGUUAUUGCCAUUGUUGCUGCGUAUGUUGGUCAACAAGUCGUGAUGAAAGAAAUUAUUAAGAUGGGACGGGCAUCUAUGAUCAUCUUUAUUCUGGCAUUUAUAAUCUUUGUGAGUGCCAUCGUUCUAGGUGGAGUUGGCAUUUCAAACAUGAUUAAAAAGAUUGAGAGGCAUGAAUACAUGGGAAUUGAGAACUUCUGCAAGUAUUAA